ACGAAGUUGGUCAGAACGUUAUCACUCCCUGCGCCGAGAAGGAACGUCUUUCACAGUUCUCUUACUACUGCGAUUCUCCAAAAGUUUUAAUACUUGAAAAGAAAGAGGACUUGAAGAAGAGAGAAGAGAAAGAGAGCAUAGAAGAACGCCAAGAAAGGAGAGAAAAUAGGAAUUGAAGAGUUUCAAAUUCCCAAAAAUAUGCGGGUUACCUUGGUACUCAGCUGGCUCCUUCUGGGAGCCUCAGCGUCCCUCGCAGCUCCCUCAGAGGACUCGGAAGCGCCCACGCCCGAGGUGCUGACUCCAGAGGCUCGCUCGGCCAUCCUCCUGCCGCCCAACUCCCUCACCAGAGAAGGGUUCCCGGGAUUCGCUCGCAACAACGAGAUCUGUGGCAUCCGCAGGAACUCGGUGCCCGACGUCAUCACCCGCAUCGUCGGCGGGUCGCCAGCUGAGACGCACGAGUUCCCUUGGCAAGUUUCGCUACAAUGGCGCUACAACUGGUACACGUAUCACAUCUGCGGCGCUUCUGUUAUCGAUCAGAAUUGGAUCAUCACUGCCGCCCAUUGCACACACCAAUUCACGCCCAAGGAACUGCUCGUGGUGGCUGGAGACCAUCUGCUGAAGGAAAAAGAAGGCAGCGAGCAGUCACGCUAUAUCGAGCGCAUCGUUGAGCACGAGUUCUACGACGCCAACACGCAGGAAAAUGACAUCGCGCUCAUCAAGCUGUCAUCGCCGCUCGAACUCGACGGCAUGACAGUCUCGCCCACGUGUCUGCCGCCUCCCAUGACGAACUUUACAGGAGACUGCGUGGUGACCGGCUGGGGCAAGCUGCGGGAGGGAGGCAAGUCCGCCGACCUCCUGCAGAAGGUGAUCGUGCCCAUCAUCAGCGACAAGGAGUGCGAGGACUCCUACAGGGUCAUCGGGUACACAGGCCCCGUUGUGGACUCCAUGAUGUGCGCGGGACAUGAGUUCGGAGGGAAAGAUGCCUGUCAGGGUGAUUCCGGCGGUCCCUUCGCCUGCCGUGGAGCUGACAACCGCUACUAUUUGGCCGGCAUUGUCUCCUGGGGCAUCGGCUGCGCUCGCCCCAAUGUGCCCGGGGUCUACACCGAGGUGAGCCGCUACAUCAACUGGAUCGACGACGUAGUGAACAGCCGCAUCGACAUCCCCAUCCGGCCAGCCAGCCUCAGAAGCUCGUCCAUAGAGGAAGAGGAAGUUUAAGCUCCCUUGGGUGAAAGGGGAUGGAGAGCUCUGGUGCAUUCGUGACAGAAGCGUAUAUAUUUUUUUCUCUUUUUUUUGGUAAAGAAAAUAUUUGAGGUUCCGUGAUAGGAUAUACAUAUUUGGAGGGUCUUCUGUCCGUGAUUUUUUUUUUUUUUUUUGUCAUAUGAUAAUUCGUGUAAAUGUUUUGAAUUUUGGGAGUUCGUUGUUUCAAGGACUUUCUGUUUGCAAGGUGUUCUUGAAAGUACCUUUUUAUCGUCUUUUUUCCAAGAGGAAGAAAUAGAAAAAAGUACAAUUUAUCUGAUCUAAAAACUAUUCGACUUUAAAUCUUAUAUAUUUAAAGAAAUAUUAGUUACCCACUUUAUGUGAUUGUUCCUGAUGUGUUAUAUCAUAAGGGUGUUUUGCUGCAGUUUCUUUCAACUUCCAAUUGAACUAUUUUAUGUUUUAGCUUUUAUAACUCUAUUCACAUUCCAUCACAGAAAUAGAUCAGCUUGGCACCCGAUCCGUCAUAUUUCUCUCUCGCUCUCAUAGUAUUUAAGAAGUAUAGAUCUUGCAAACAGAAGAUUCACUCCUCAUAUAGAGCUUCCAAUCUUCUCCAACACCAUUUUCGGCAUUCCAUUACAGUGUCAAAGCGAGUGAUAGUGAUAUAUAGGUUUAUACAUUCACCGUGUUGGUGUAUCAUUAAUGUCAGUUUGUUGAUCAUUAUUUAUUGAUGCUUUGUUAUGUUACCUGUUGUAUGUUUGUUGACUUUCUAAUUUAUUACAAAUAAAUAGUAAAUUUUA